UAUAAGACUAAUAAAACUGGAACAAUGCAACCACACUAGUCUUUAUUUAUUUGACCAAAUUAAAUUUUAAUCACAAAGAGCAAUCUGAAGAUUCUAAAGGUUUAUAUAUAAAUGUUUGGGGUUUUAAAUGAAACUUUGUCCCAAAAUUCUUUUUAAAAACUCUCAAGUCUCAACGGAGGCGGGGGUUUAUGCCUGCUUUGAUGCGAGCUUCUAUCGGAGGGUGUCUAGUUUUGACAGAUUUCGCUCCUAUAAUAGAAAUGAUUUCCAGAAUGCUGUCCCAAGUUUCGAUGUUUAAGAGUUGCAGUCCAGGUGUUCGAUGUUUUGUCUGAGUGAACAAGUGGCUGUGAAACUUGUAUCGAGUAAUCAAGUUUUUCUUAUAUACAUUCAAGAGCUCCAAUAAAGCUUAAAUUGGUAACCUACACGAAUGUUAUGCCACCUCGAAGCAUCAUAAAUUAGUAAAUAUGUGGUCACGUUGCAAGAACCCUCUUCAUUAUUUGGAGGCUUUACAAAAGUGCUCAAAAUCGCCAUGGAUUCUCCAGAUUUCAAGAUUUUCAGAUACCCCUUUCAAAAAACCAAAGCUUGCACCCCUACAGGAGCGUAGAAUGAUAGACUGUCGCCGGCUGUGGGCCAAAGGAGGAGAUGGCGGCAAUGGUUGCUUUAGCUUCCACCGGAGCCGCCAUGACCGCCGUGGCAGACCUGAUGGUGGCAAUGGUGGAAGAGGUGGAGAUGUGAUACUAGAAUGUUCACCAACAAUAUGGGAUUUAAGCAGCCUACAACAUCACAUUAAUGCAAAAAAAGGAGGACAUGGAGCUUCAAAAAACAUGAUAGGAAGCCGAGGAGACGACAAGGUUGUUCUAGUACCUGUUGGCACUGUACUUCAUCUUGUUGAAGGUGAGAUGCCAUCUGUAGUUCAAAAAGUACAAUCUACACCUUUGAACCCUUGGGAGAUUCCCGAUAAUACCCUCGAGUCUACCCAACAUGCCACAUGUCAUCAAUCCAAUGGAAGUUCCAUUGAGAUAGUAAAACCAAAGGAUUCAGAAAGCUUCAGUUUUUGGAAUCAAGAAACUAUCAACAUAUGGGAAGCUCGAGUUACCAACAAUGGUGGAUCUGAAGAAGAAGAAGAAGAAGAAGAAGAAGAAGAAGAAGAAGAACAUAUUGAGUACAACGUUGCUGAGUUGACCGAACCCGGUCAACGCAUAAUCAUUGCUCAUGGUGGAAUUGGUGGUUUAGGCAAUAUCUCUCUCUCAAAGCCUUUUAAAAAUUCCAAGAAAGAUGAAAAAGUCAACAACUUUGACUCUCAAGAAACCGAAAACGAAAACAACCCGUCACACACAAACGGGUCGCCCGGGUCCGAAUCCGUUUUAAUACUCGAACUCAAAAGCAUUGCUGACGUGGGUCUUGUGGGGAUGCCAAACGCGGGUAAAAGUACGCUUUUAGGAGCUUUAUCAAAAGCCCAACCGAAAAUAGGGCAUUACGCGUUCACAACUUUGAGACCUAAUUUAGGAAAUUUAACAUACGAUGAUUUGUCAAUCACUGUGGCUGAUAUUCCCGGACUUAUAAAAGGGGCCCACGAAAACCGUGGACUCGGGCAUGCUUUUUUGAGGCAUAUAGAACGGACUAGGGUUCUUGCUUAUGUUCUUGACUUAAGUGCGGGGUUAGAUGGUAGAAAAGGGGUCCCACCAUGGGAGCAAUUGAGGGAUUUGAUAAUGGAGCUUGAGUUUUAUCAUGAGGGUUUGUCGGGUCGACCCGCAUUGAUUGUGGCUAAUAAGAUUGAUGAGAUUGGGGCUGAUCAAGUGUAUGAUGAGUUGAGGAGAAGGGUGAAUGGUGUGAAGAUGUUUCCGGUUUGUGCUGUUCUUGAAGAAGGUGUUGGAGAGUUGAAAGAUGGGCUUAGGAUGCUUGUGAGUGGUGAGGAGUUGAGUGGAGUGACAUUGGAUGAGAUUGAUGUUGACUAGAAUGUGGGCCCUAUCCUGUCAUGUUACAUGACAUGUCACUGAUAAUGAGUUAACUUAUGCCAAGUCAUCAAGAAUCAUAGCUUAAUUUUGUUGUUAAACAUAUUUGCAACUAAGUUGAGUGACCCAACAACUAAGUUCUCUCACAUAUGAAAAGAAAAAGAAGUGAAUGUCCUCUUUAUGCUGUCAUAGAAAAUAACCAUAUGAAACUUGUGUGGUGAAGUUAUGGCCCUCAAAAUCCACUUCUGAGAACAAUUUGCAUUUCAAUCCAUAUGGUUUUACUUGACAGAUUAUGGAUGACAUAUCUGUCAUAAUUUUUAUAUUUUUUUCGGUUGUAUAGUUGAACAAACAAAUUUAUUGAUUGUAUACUUC